UAAUUUCAAAGUAGUAGAGUUUUUUUUGCAUGAGUAAUAGUUUUAAUAUUUUUAAGAGUACAUUUGAUUUAUUUUCAGUCUAAUGAAGUAAGCUUUUGGCAAGGCGUUUGACUCUUUGCUUAUCAUGGGACUUUCUUCAGGCAGUUUGAUUUUUGUUUUUUGUAUUAUAUUAAAAGUAUGCAAUGCAGAUAUCAUUCUUUAUACUUGCAACUUUGAGCAAGAAACACUUUGCCCACAAUUGAGUUCUCAAAAUAAUCUUUGGAAGGUAAACAAAUAUGGAACACCAGAAGAUUAUACUGGUCCUUCUCAAGGUGCUGAUGGUAGUAUAUGGUAUGUUUAUUUUGAUUCAAAGCUCAACCCUCAAAGUGGUUCGCUUGUCUAUACCCAAGAUACUACAUUACCAAACACCAAUAUUGUUCUUUCAUUUAAACUCCAUGCAUAUGGUGCUAACUGUGUUAGCUUUAAUGUCCUCUUCAAAGACACUAGUGGUGCUGUUAUAAAUGUUUCAAAUCCUAUUGUUUUAUACAAUCAACUUCAAACAUCUAAUCUUAGCCCUUAUACUCUAUACACCUUUAACAUGACAAGUUCAUUUCAGAAAAUUGAAUUUGUUGCUACAUCAAAUGGUGUUCAAGGAAAUUAUGCAAUUGAUGAUAUUUCAUUGACUGCUGUCACUACUUGCCCAGUUGCAUGCAAUUCUAAUGCUACUUGUGUAGAAACAACUUGCGUUUGUAAAAAUGGUUUUAUUGGUGAUGGAGUUACCAAUUGUACAGCUACUUGCACAAGUGCAUGCAAUCCUAAUGCUACUUGUGUAGGAACAACUUGUGUUUGUAAAAAUGGUUUUGUUGGUGAUGGAGUUAGCAAUUGUACAGCUACUUGUGCAAGUGCAUGCAAUCCAAAUGCUACUUGUGUAGGAACAACUUGCGUUUGUAAUAAUGGUUUUAUUGGUGAUGGAGUUAACACUUGUACAGCUACUUGCACAAGUGCAUGCAAUCCUAAUGCUACUUGUGUAGGAACAACUUGUGUUUGUAAAAAUGGUUUUAUUGGUGAUGGAGUUAGCAAUUGUACAGCUACUUGUGCAAGUGCUUGCAAUCCUAAUGCUACUUGUGUAGGAACAACUUGCGUUUGUAAAAAUGGUUUUAUUGGUGAUGGAGUUAGCAAUUGUACAGCUACUUGUGCAAGUGCAUGCAAUGCUAAUGCUACUUGUGUAGGAACAACUUGCAUUUGUAAUAAUGGUUUUAUUGGUGAUGGAGUUAACACUUGUACAGCUACUUGCGCAAGUGCAUGCAAUCCUAAUGCUACUUGUGUAGGAACAGCUUGCAUUUGUAAUAAUGGUUUUAUUGGUGAUGGAGUUAACACUUGUACAGCUACUUGCACAAGUGCAUGCAAUCCUAAUGCUACUUGUGUAGGAACAACUUGUGUUUGUAAAAAUGGUUUUAUUGGUGAUGGAGUUAGCAAUUGUACAGCUACUUGUGCAAGUGCAUGCAAUCCUAAUGCUACUUGCGUAGGAACAUCUUGCGUUUGUAAAAAUGGUUUUAUUGGUGAUGGAGUUAGCAAUUGUACAGCUACUUGUGCAAGUGCAUGCAAUCCUAAUGCUACUUGUGUAGGAACAACUUGCAUUUGUAAUAAUGGUUUUAUUGGUGAUGGAGUUAACACUUGUACAGCUACUUGCACAAGUGCAUGCAAUCCUAAUGCUACUUGUGUAGGAACAGCUUGCAUUUGUAAUAAAGGUUUUAUUGGUGAUGGAGUUAACACUUGUACAGCUACUUGCUCAAGUGCAUGCAAUCCUAAUGCUACUUGUGUAGGAACAACUUGCAUUUGUAAAAAUGGUUUUAUUGGUGAUGGAGUUAGCAAUUGUACAGCUACUUGUGCAAGUGCAUGCAAUCCUAAUGCUACUUGUGUAGGAACAACUUGUGUUUGUAAAAAUGGUUUUAUUGGUGAUGGAGUUAGCAAUUGUACAGCUACUUGUGCAAGUGCAUGCAAUCCUAAUGCUACUUGUGUAGGAACAACUUGCGUUUGUAAAAAUGGUUUCAUUGGUGACGGAGUUGACAAUUGUAUAGCAACAUGUUCAAGUGCAUGCAACCCUAAUGCUACUUGUAUUGGAACUACUUGUGUUUGUAACAGCGGAUAUUUUGGUGAUGGAAUUUAUAGCUGCACAGUUCCUGCUAUAUGCUCAUCUUGUCAUCCAAAUGCAACCUGCAAUGGAACAGCAUGUGUUUGUAAAAAUGGUUAUAAUGGUGAUGGAAUAAAUAGCUGUAUUGGAACAUGCUCUACUGGUGGUUUUGCAUCAUGUUCAAAUAUCCCCAUUUAUAAGUGUGACUUUGAACAACAAGUACUCUGUCCUCAAUUAAGUACAACAAACAAUGAUGCUGUGGUAGUAAUUGAAUAUGCAGUGCCAGUAGAUGAGACUGGUCCAUAUGGAGCUGCAAAUGGUCAAUUUUACGCUUACUUUAACUCAGACAAAUAUCCAGCUGGAGGCACACUUAUUUACACUCAAAUAGCACCACUACUAAGCAAUACUUUUAUUCUUUCAUUUAAUUUACAUGCUUAUGGUGCAAACUGCAUUAAAUUUGAAAUUAAAUUUAAAAAUGCAAAUGGUGUUGUUAUAAGUGCUCCUGAUGAAUUUGUUAUUUACAAUCAAACUCAACUUGAAUAUUUUAGUCCUUAUAAGUAUUAUGAGAAGAUGUUUAAUUUGUCUAGUCCAUUCAAGAUAAUUGAAUUUAUUGCAACUUCAAAUGGUUUUCGAGCUAGCUAUGCAAUUGAUGAUAUUGUCUUAAAAUUUGUUCCUCCUUGCUUAUUAUCGUGUAAUUCUAAUGCAACAUGUAAUGGUACUACUUGUGUUUGUAAUCCUGGUUUUAUUGGUGAUGGAGUAAAUAGUUGCACAGCUACAUGUGCCACUGCAUGCAACCCAAAUGCUACAUGUGUUGGUACUUCUUGUGUUUGCAAUAAAGGUUUCAUUGGUGAUGGUUUAAGUAACUGCACACCUACAUGCGCAACUGCUUGCAAUCCUAAUGCUACAUGUGUUGGCACUUCUUGUGUUUGUAAUAAAGGUUUUAAUGGUGAUGGAAUUAAUAACUGCACAGCUACAUGUUUAAGUACAUGUCAUCCUAAUGCCACUUGUGUUGGUACUAUUUGUAUUUGUAAGAAUGGUUUAUUAGGUGAUGGAAUUAAUAACUGCACAGUUCCAGCCAGUUGUCCAGCCUGUCAUCCAAAUGCAACAUGCAAUGGAACAACAUGUGUUUGUAAACCUGGUUAUAAUGGUGAUGGAAUCAACAGUUGCAUUGUUCCAGCCAGUUGUCCAGCCUGUCAUCCAAAUGCAACAUGUAAUGGAACAACAUGUGUUUGUAAACCUGGUUAUAAUGGUGACGGCAUCAACAGUUGCAUUGUUCCAGCCAGUUGUCCAGCCUGUCAUCCAAAUGCAACAUGUAAUGGAACAACAUGUGUUUGUAAACCUGGUUAUAAUGGUGACGGCAUCAACAGUUGCAUUGUUCCAGCCAGUUGUCCAGCCUGUCAUCCAAAUGCAACAUGCAAUGGAACAACAUGUGUUUGUAAACCUGGUUAUAAUGGUGAUGGAAUCAACAGUUGCAUUGUUCCAGCCAGUUGUCCAGCCUGUCAUCCAAAUGCAACAUGCAAUGGAACAACAUGUGUUUGUAAACCUGGUUAUAAUGGUGACGGCAUCAACAGUUGCAUUGGCACAUGCUCUACUGGUGGUUUUGCAUCAUGCUCAAAUAUCCUUCUUUAUAAUUGUGACUUUGAACAAGGAGUAAUCUGCUCUCAAUUAAGUUCAACAAAUAAUGCUUGGACGGUAAACAGAUUUGCAACGCCAUUAGAUAGGACUGGUCCAUCUGGAGCUGCAAAUGGUCUAUGGUAUAUUUACUUUGAUUCUGUAAAGUAUCCAAAAGGAGGUACACUGGUUUACACACAGAUAAACUCAAUACUCAGCAAUAGUUUCAUUCUUUCAUUUAAUCUACAUGCUUUCGGUGUGAACUGUAUUCAGUUUGAGAUUAAGUUUAAAAAUGCAAAUGGUGAUAUUUUAAGUGCUCCUAAUGCAUUUGUUGUUUACAAUCAAACACAAAUGUCUUCAACUGCUCCAUAUAUACCAUAUAGUUUGCAGUUUAACUUGUUAAGUCCGUUUCAGACUAUUGAAUUUAUUGCAAUAUCAAAUGGUCUACGUGCUAAUUAUGCAAUUGAUAAUAUUGUUUUGAUGGCUGUUCCUCCUUGCUUAUUAUCGUGUAAUUCUAAUGCAACAUGUAGUGGUACUACUUGUGUUUGUAAGCCUGGUUUUAUUGGUGAUGGAGUGAAUAGCUGCACAGCUACAUGUCCAUCUGCUUGCAAUCCAAAUGCUACAUGUGUUAGCACAACUUGUGUUUGUAACAAAGGCUUUAUUGGUGAUGGAGUUAGUCAAUGCACAGCUACUUGUGCCACUGCAUGCAAUUCAAAUGCUACAUGUGUUGGUACAACCUGUGUUUGUAAGAAUGGUUUUAUUGGUGAUGGAAUCAAUAACUGCACAGCUACUUGCUCAAGUGCAUGCAAUUCAAAUGCUACAUGUGUAGGCACAACCUGUGUUUGUAAGAAUGGUUUUAUUGGUGAUGGAAUUAAUAACUGCACAGCUACGUGCUCAAGUACAUGCAAUCCUAAUGCUAUAUGUGUUGGUACAACCUGUGUUUGUAAGAAUGGUUUUAUUGGUGAUGGAAUUAUUAACUGCACAGCUACAUGCUCAAGUACAUGCAAUCCUAAUGCUAUAUGUGUUGGUACAACCUGUGUUUGUAAGAAUGGUUUUAUUGGUGAUGGAAUUAAUAACUGCACAGCUACUUGCUCAAGUGCAUGCAAUCCUAAUGCUACAUGUGUUGGCACAUCCUGUGUUUGUAAGAAUGGUUUUAUUGGUGACGGAAUUAAUAACUGCACAGCUACAUGCUCAAGUACAUGCAAUCCUAAUGCUAUAUGUGUUGGUACAACCUGUGUUUGUAAGAAUGGUUUUAUUGGUGAUGGAAUUAAUAACUGCACAGCUACUUGCUCAAGUGCAUGCAAUUCAAAUGCUACAUGUGUAGGCACAACCUGUGUUUGUAAGAAUGGUUUUAUUGGUGAUGGAAUUAAUAACUGCACAGCUACGUGCUCAAGUACAUGCAAUUCUAAUGCUAUAUGUGUUGGUACAACCUGUGUUUGUAAGAAUGGUUUUAUUGGUGAUGGAAUUAAUAACUGCACAGCUACGUGCUCAAGUACAUGCAAUCCUAAUGCUAUAUGUGUUGGUACAACCUGUGUUUGUAAGAAUGGUUUUAUUGGUGAUGGAAUUAAUAACUGCACAGCUACGUGCUCAAGUACAUGCAAUCCUAAUGCUAUAUGUGUUGGUACAACCUGUGUUUGUAAGAAUGGUUUUAUUGGUGAUGGAAUUAAUAACUGCACAGCUACGUGCUCAAGUACAUGCAAUUCUAAUGCUAUAUGUGUUGGUACAACCUGUGUUUGUAAGAAUGGUUUUAUUGGUGAUGGAAUUAAUAACUGCACAGCUACGUGCUCAAGUACAUGCAAUCCUAAUGCUAUAUGUGUUGGUACAACCUGUGUUUGUAAGAAUGGUUUUAUUGGUGAUGGAAUUAAUAACUGCACAGCUACGUGCUCAAGUACAUGCAAUUCUAAUGCUAUAUGUGUUGGUACAACCUGUGUUUGUAAGAAUGGUUUUAUUGGUGAUGGAAUUAAUAACUGCACAGCUACCUGCUCAAGUGCAUGCAAUCCUAACGCUACUUGUGUAGGCACAACUUGCAUUUGUAAGAAUGGUUUUAUCGGUGAUGGAGUUAAUAGCUGCACAGCUACAUGUCCAACCUGCAAUCCAAAUGCUACAUGUAUUGGCUCAACUUGUGUUUGCAACAAAGGUUUUAUUGGUGAUGGAGUUAAUCAAUGCACAGUUACGUGCGCUAAUGUAUGUCAUCCAAAUGCUAUCUGUGUUGGAACUAAUUGCGUUUGCAAGAGUGGUUUUUUUGGAGAUGGAGUUACUAACUGUGCAGUGAGCUGUCAGGUUGGCACUUGCAAUCCAAAUGCUUUUUGUAGUGGUGCAACAUGCAUUUGUAAAAAUGGUUUUAUUGGUGAUGGAACUGUUAAUUGCUCAGCUACUUGCUCAAAUGUCUGUCAUCCCAAUGCUUAUUGUCAAGGUACAACUUGUGUUUGCAACAAUGGUUUUGUUGGUGAUGGAGUCAACAGCUGUUAUGCUUUACCAACAUCUUUAACUGCUUGGGGAAGUUGGAGUGCCUGCAUUGAAAGUAUUUGUGGAAAUGGUGUUCAAAGUCGUCAGCGAUCUUGCGUAGCACAAUGUGGUGCAGUUUUACAAAGUGAUCUUUAUCAAGUUAUUUCCUGUCAAACUUCCAGAUGUUUUAAUAAUACCCUAACUCAAUGGUCUGGAUAUAGUGAUUGCUCCGCUACUUGUGGAUCAAAUGGUGUACGAACUCGUUACAGAACUUGUUCCCCACUUGUUCAAAAUGGUUGUGUAGGAAUAGAAUUAACUAAUUCUAUUUUUUGUGAUGAACAGGCUUGUCCACAAAUUGAUGUUACUAAUUGGUCAAGUUGGACAGGUUGCUCGUCUUCUUGUGUUAACACUGCUAGUCCAUCACAAUGGAGAUGGAGAUCGUGCAGUUGUGGUAAUUGUAGUCAGUGUGAUAAUAGCGUUACAGUAGUGGAUUCAAGAACAUGUAAUAAUGUACCAUGUGAUUCAUCUUGCCGUUCAUCAAUGAUUUCCUACAUAAUUGUUAUUGAUUCCUCAUCAAGUGUUACUGAUUACUAUUGGGGACUUGAAAGAAAUUUUGUAAAAAGAUUUGCUGCUAGUGUAGGUUUUACUUCAAAUACCACUUUUGGUUUAGUCAACUUUGCAUCUACAGCAAGAACUGAAUUUGGUUGUAGAUCUUUCACUGAUGCUACAAGUUUUAACGCUGCAAUAGAUUCAGUUUCCAUGAUCACAGGCGGUACUGCUAUAAAUGCUGGUUUAACACAAGCAAUCAAUCUUAUGCAGAGUCCAGCUUGCAGAGGUAAAAAAGUACUUCUCUUUACUACUGAUGGCCAAGAAAACAUAGAAAAAGAUCCUUCUAAAAUCAGUGCCACAUACGAAACAGUAAGAAGCUUGGCAAACUACAUAUAUAUUCCAUAUGUAAAUAAUCCUGAGGCUACUACAUAUCCUGAUCCUGUAGCCUUAGAUAAGUUAGUUGCAAAUGGAAAAGGGUUAGAUAAAGAAUUUACAUCUUACAGUGACGUUAAUGAUGCAACUUAUAUUCCAGAUUUAGUUUUAUCUGGUUUGUGUAUGGAUAACUCUGCUUGGACUAGCUGGUCAUCUCCAUCCGUAUGCUCUAUUUCAUGUGGAGGAACUGGUUUUACUUAUCGACAAAGAACUUGUUUAAAUGGUGGAAAUGUUGCUACAAAUUGUCCUGGUGCUGACUUUGAUGUUUCACCAUGCUAUACUUCACCAUGCAGUUAUCUUACUAAUUGGAAUUCAUGGAGCGAUUGCAGUUCUUCAUGUCGUCAAAAUCUAAGCACAUCUCUCAUGCAAAUUAGAACUCGCUCAUGUGUGCAAAAUGUUGCUCCUUGUCAAGGAGUUUUACUUGAGACACGAGAGUGCAACACAAAUGUGUUUUGUGGAGGUUCAUGGGGAAAUUGGGGGCCUUAUAGUGCAUGUUCAGCAACAUGUAGUCUCGGAUCUCUUUACUCUUCUACCAUGGUUCGGUCAAGGUUGUGCUUAAAUGAUACUUUUUAUUUGGGUUGUGUGGGUAGUUCAAUAGAUAUAGCACCUUGCAACACUCAAAUUGGAUGUCCAGGAAUUUUGACUGUAUGGUCCACUUGGUCAGGUUGUGAAGGCCAGUGCCAACAAGAUCCAAUAACAUCAGAAACCAGAACAAGAAGAUGUGUUGAUGCUUUAUCACCAUUUAACUGUAAUGGCACAAAGCUGAUAGAGUCUAGAAAUUGUUUUGAAGGGCUUCCUUGUCAAGGUUCAUGGAAUAGUUGGUCUAACUGGACUUCAUGCUCACAAUCUUGUUUCGUAAGUAACUUAAGUCUUCCGUUCCAAAGUCGCAAUCGAGUUUGUGUUGGAAGCACUUUAACUGGUAACUGUUAUGGUGGAAAAUCGUCUGAAAUCCAAACUUGUAAUACAAAUUUCCCUUGCCCAGGUUAUUGGAGUGAAUGGGGGCCAUAUACACCUUGCUCCGAAACGUGUCAGAGUAACGUUAUGGUUGAUCCAAAGCAAGUUCGUCGACGUGUUUGUCUGAAUGCUGUCUUAGGAGGAGCAUGUGAAGGUAGCAAUGGCAGCAAUGAGCAGUAUCAAACAAUUGCUUGCAAUCAACUUGUAAUUUGUCCAGUUAUGGGAACAUGGACUUCGUGGUCAGCUUGGUCGGCUUGUUCUAGUUCAUGUGAUAUGGGAUUUUCUACUAGAACUAGAAUUUGUACUCAACCUAACAUCCCUAGUGCCGGAAAUGAUUGUGUUGGUAAUUGGAACCAGACAACAUCAUGUAAUAAUGGAGAUUGUCCAAAAUAUUGCAAUAUUCCAAAGAGUUGCAAUUGUUCUCAAGUUCCGCAGUUUAACAACUUUACCACCUUUUUGGGGUACAUUAACUUGAACAUGACUUCAGUAGAUAAUGUUCUUUUAAGACUAUCUCCAUGGACUGUAGACUAUGUGAACGAAUCAUUAGAUUCAUGUAACAUUCCUCGUUUAACAUCAAGUCUUGAUCGCUUAAUGCAAGAUAUUUCGACAUUGAAUAUGGUAAAGACUAGAUUAGAAAUGCUUAUCAACAAUACCCAAUUUGCAAUCACAUGCAACUCGAAUAUUCCAAUUACUAAUGAACUGUGGAACUACUUUGAUCAUUUGUACGAGCGAGUCGUUUUCCUUACCGCAGUAAAUACUGAGUUUGAGGCUUUUAGAAUACGAUAUGAUGCUGCUAUAUCUGCUUGCAAACAAUACGGUUGGUUUCAUCAAUUGCUCUUCAAUGUUGCACAAAGAUAUUUUUAAGCUUUAAGAUUUUUAAAAAAUGUUUUUAAUUUUUUAUACACACUUUUAUUUCAUUUUAUUGAAUUAUAUAUUUUUUGUUUUUUUAUAUAAAAAAUUAUUUUUUUGAAACAAACUAACCCUCUUUAUGUAAUUACGUAUAAUUGUGUAAUUUAAAGCAAUUGUUUAAAAGCA